GGGACACAUCAAGAGAGAUAAGAAGAGAGAAAAGACAAGUGAUUAAUAUGAUACAAAAUAACGAAAAAUAAAAGAUGUGAUUUGUGUGUUUAUAACUUAUAGAUCCAAAUAUCAUCCCUCAAAAAACAACAAUCGAAAGUUGUAUUGUUUUGGUCCAUAACAAUUGAAAGGUUGAAGCUGAAACUUUGGCAAUUAGCAAAAGCUUUCGAUUUUAUGUGAUUUUGGUUUUUGAGCCCACAAAAGGAACUAAAACCCUUCAUGCGAUUCCAGGGUAGAAAACAGGGAGGGAGCUGUGGUGAACAAAAAUCUGCAUUUUGUGAGAUUCUGUAGGCAUGGCAAUGCAUGUAUAGCGGCGAGGCUAUGGGCAUAAACCCCUAACAACUCAAUUAUCACAUUCACACAUCUUCUUCAAACGAACAAAGCAAAAAGCAGAAAAGCAAAGUGGUCGGCUUCAUCACCAUCUUUACCUUUUACUUUUGGCUACUCUACCAUAUGCCCAAUGACUCUUUAACCAAAACCCUACCCUUUAUCAGAACCAUGUUCCUGCUUUUACGCACCGUAUAAGAACCCCAAACCCAAACCAUUCAAUUCCAUUUCCAUUUUUCAUUUUCCACUUCCACCAAUUCUCAAUCAAGCAAAACACAAAAACACACAAAAAUGGAAAUAUUAUCACAAAUGUGGUCUCUGUUAGGGUUACUCACCGUGCUGCAAAACGUUCUCCCGUCGCAGCUCCUCGCAUUGCUCCACUCCUUAUACGAAUCUCUCCAAGACCUUCUCUCUCCGUACUCCUACUUCGAGAUUCCCGAGUUCAACGGCUACUGCGGCGUCGACCUCAACGACCUCUACCGCCACGCGCACCUCUACCUCAACGCCGCCAACCACGCCCCCGCCGCCGCCUGCCGCCGCCUCACGCUCUCCCGCUCGCCCUCCUCCAACCGCAUCUCCUUCGCCGUUGCGCCCAACCACACCGUCCACGACGCCUUCCGCGGCCACCGCGUCACGUGGACGCACCACGUCGACACCGCGCAGGACUCGCUCGAGGAGAAGCGCAGCUUCUCCCUCCGCCUCCCCAAGCGCCACCGCCACGCGCUCCUCUCCCCCUACCUCGCGCACGUCACCGCACGCGCCGAGGAGUUCGAGCGCGUCUCGCGCGAGCGACGACUCUUCACCAACAACACCACCGGGUCCGGGUCCUUCGAAUCGGGUUGGGUCUCCGUCCCCUUCCGUCACCCUUCAACGUUCGAAACCCUCGCCCUCGAGCCCGAACUCAAAAAAACCAUCAAAAACGACUUAACGGCGUUUGCCCAGGGUAAAGACUUUUAUAACCGAGUGGGCCGGGCCUGGAAGCGUGGGUAUUUACUCCACGGCCCACCGGGCUCGGGUAAGUCCAGCUUAAUAGCCGCUAUGGCUAACUUCCUCUGCUACGACGUUUACGAUUUGGAACUAACCAAAGUCUCUGAUAACUCCGAGUUACGGUCGUUACUUAUCCAAACGACAAACCGUUCUAUUAUUGUCAUCGAAGACAUUGACUGCUCCGUUGACUUAACGGCAGACAGGACGGCGAAGAAAACGCAAGCGUCUAAACUGUCGUUAAAAAGUAAAAAGCCUCAAACGGCGUCGUUUUCGCGGUGCGAGGAGAGUGGGCGAGUGACGCUUUCGGGGCUUCUGAAUUUCACGGACGGGUUGUGGUCAUGCUGUGGCGAAGAGAGGAUUGUGGUUUUCACUACGAACCAUAGGGACAGUGUGGACCCGGCGCUGGUGCGGUGCGGGCGCAUGGACGUGCACGUGAGCCUGGGCACGUGCGGGGUGCACGCGUUCCGCGAGCUGGCCAGGAACUACCUCGGCGUGGAGUCGCACGUGCUGUUCGAGGCCGUGGAGGGGUGCAUUCGUUCGGGUGGGUCCCUCACGCCCGCGCACGUGGGGGAGAUCUUGCUGCGGAAUAGAGGGGACGCUGACGUCGCAAUGCGGGAGGUGCUGGCGGCCAUGCAGGCCCGGAUGCUGGCGGCUGCGGCCGCGGCGGAGCAGACCGAGAGCGAGGAGGCCGCGGGGGUGAGGUCGCCGGAGAGCGUGCUGCUGAUGGGGUCGCCGGAGAAUUGGGACGCGUUGAGUGGCAAGAAGCGGAAGGAGCAGCAUGGCGGUGGGAAUAAUUGGGACAAGAAAGUCAAGUUUUUCGUCAGGUUGAGGUCGUUGACCAGAUCUGACCCUGGUAGAUGAUCAUCAUCAUCAGUUUUUCUUUUUCUUUUUUUUUUGGAUGAAUUAUGUAGCUUUGUUAUGUGUUUUGUGAUUAGUGUUUUUUUUUUUUUUGUAAA